GGUUGGUUUGGGAACAAAAUACCAUGCGAAAGGUAUUGUGUAAUUGUUCAGAUUGCUUGAUUUCCCCUCCCAGUAUAUUUUAUUUAGUGCAGGUGGCCUCAGUCAAGAAGGAAAAUCAAUGAUCCAGCUAAUCUAAUGGCCUACCAUAAAUACUCAUAAAAUUUAUUACAGACAAACAUAAACAGCAAAAUGCGUGUAAUGUAUGUGACUGCGCAUGCCAAAAUAUUUCUGUGGAUUUUAUGUGAAAAUAGAAUCUAUUAGAUGCUAAUUUCUACGAAGUGCAGCCAUAGUCAUAGGAUUAGUUUUCUGAAGAAGCUCAUUUGAUGGGAAAAUGCAGGAAGUAACGCUGAAAUCCCUCACAAAUAUUAUCACAGUCGAAAAAUCCGAUCACCUUAGGUUUCAGCCUGAUUUUCUUCAGGGCUUUAGCUGCAUUUUUCUGCUGCUGUUCUUCCCGAUGCCACAUUCUCAAGUUCGCAUGCGGAGCUCCAUGUCUGGCACCACGCUUCCCACUCGGAUUUGCAAAAGCAGAUCCUGUGCCUUUAAAAGCAAGUGGCUCACCGAGUUGUUUGCAGCACAGCUUUUUAUCCCGUACAGUAUACUCCAUGCAAAUGAGCUCCCGCUCAGCCCUGCGUGGCUGCCUGCCCUGCUGGGGAGCUCACAAAGGCUCCGCAGACCUCAUUCAGCAUUCGCCUGUUUAAAACGGCAGAUGGAAGGAGGUAUCGGCGAGAUGAGGACUUAUUAGCUGCUCACAAUAAAAGACCACACUGGCUCUGCAGAGGAUCAGAGAAAGCCUGGUGAAUGGGAUUGAGUUGUAUCUGCUUUCAGCUGACUUUACAAUGAUGCGUUUAGCUCAUGUGACUCGGUCACUUAGCGUGAAGAUCAGCUAAAGAUUUCCAUGUAAAUAUCUACUCCCUCAAGCACCAGCAACCUGUGUGCUUUUAUGGAGACGUUUUUGGUUUGCAGCUGUCAUAACUGUGGGAACAGCAGCGUCUCAUCGAGCCGUGCUCGGCAGCCGCCGCUCCGGGCGCAUUGUUGGUGCGUUUGCUGAAAGCCCCUCAUAAACACAGCUCUUGGUGAAGUUUGAUUUCUUGUGUGUGCCUGCUGAAAUCCUGCAGAGGCUGAAGUUGGGCUGCUUUUAAAUACAGUAUUUAUAUUCAGAAGCUAUAAAUAGGCUCUUCUGAAGCUUUUAUCUGGCGAUGAAAUCUGUUGCUUUAGCUUUCCACUAAGAAAUUGUAGGUCAUUGCGGCGGUUGGCGAUAUUUGCAGCAUUUCCUUUUUUCCCCUCUCUACCAGAGGAAGGACAGGGGUAGCACGAAGAUUCCAUGAGAUGCUCAGCGGUUGGGAUGAACGUAUCUAGGUUUUUGUUUAUUCCAGGGCUGUUUGCUAUAGCUGCAGCUCUUAGCGCCUUUUCUUUUUCAGCACGGCUCCUAUUUUAAUACGCGAACGUAGAUAAUGUACAGCAAGGGAGAAAGUCUCUUUUGACCUUGCUGGAGUUUUCUGUGUAGGCAAGGUACAGGCAAACAGAAACUGCAGGACAGGCUGCAAAAUUCUCAGCUGAGUGCUGCUUUUUUUUUUUUUUUGCCUUUCCGCCAUGGAUGACGAAGAGGGAAGGGUUUCUUAAGACAGCUCUGUCAGUGAUGAAUAGAUGAAUGAAUUCUUACAUGUUCAGAACUUGCAACAUGUGUUCCCAACCCCUCAGCACCUAGGAGAGGCAAGAUCUCAGCAAGGAGCUCAAGAAUGCGCCGUGCCUGCUGCGUGUGAGAAGGAGAGCAGCAUACCUCAGAGAUAGCAGAAACAAAAGAGGGUGCGAUGGUAUCUCUGACAUUGGCUUUGUCUUACAGAGCAGCAGAGGAAUUCAGAAUUAGGAAAAUCAAGUUUUAUAUUGUUUCAUUGUGAUUUUUUUUUUCUAAUUUUAAAUAGCUCCAUUCCCUCUCUGUCACAGAAUCAAUUUUUUAGCUGUGAGUGUGCAGUUUUUUUUUUUUCUCCGAAGGAAAUGUGACCUGGAUUUUGUGAGCUUAUUAUGAUCGGUAACUGAAGGCAGCUGUUGUAGUUUGCUGAUCCCUUAUGUAGCUGAAAUACAUGGAAAGAAAGCAAAAAUAAGCAUGUGGGGGAUCUGAAUUAAAUUCCACUCUUUGGCCUUAUGUGGAGCUGUGGAUUAUUAUACAUUUCUGGACAGUUGUGUAUAUGAAGGGAAAGAGUCAUCCAACCUUGGAAAGACUUAGGGAAGUCAAACAGAUUUUUUUCCAAUGCGACCUGCUAAAUCUGUCACAAAAGGGGCAGGCAAAAUGACAUACAAAUAGUCAGAGACCCUGGCUGUGGUUCUUCAUGACAAGCGAGUGAAAGACCAGGUCCUAUUUUUAGAGAGUGGAUGGAGGAGGGGCAGUGAGGGAAGAAAAAGUUUGAAAAUAAUGGACUUCUUUAACAGUUAGGGAGCAAAACUGGCCAGCAGCAAGAGAGGCAGCGCCGUGGGGAUAUGGAUGACUCAAGUAUUCUGCGGAGGAGAGGGCUGCAGAAGGAGCUCAGUCUCCCCCGAAGAGGAAGCUUAAUCUCCUCUCCUUUGUACUCCCACUGCCGAGGAAGUGAUGUUCAUCAGCACACGUUCUCUCCUACAUCUGCUCCGGGUCUGCAGCACCUUAAAUUCCCAUUUAGUGCUGACUGUGCACUUGUCACUUCUCCUCUUGUAUUUUACCUGAACUCACAAGCCCAGAGCAAUCCAUCUAGCCCAUGCUACAGCCAUCCAUUUCAGUGGAGCUGUCGGACAAGCAACAGAAAGAGUUUGAUUGUAACGUCCAGCACAUCCCCGACUCUCCCGCGGCCGCAUUCCCCCCUCCAUGGACAUGCAGGUGGCAGCCCUUUGGACAGCCCUAGAAACUUCUCUCCAAAUGCUCCUGCUCAUUUUUCCUUUGUUCCUGCCCGAAGCCAUGGACACAGAGCAGACAGAACGGAUGGACGCCGCUGGUCCUUGGCUUCCCUUCCCUCAUCGGGAUAUGGAACAAACACUCCCAGUUCAACAGUUUCAUCAUCAUGCUCAUCUCAGGAGAAGCUGCACCAGCUGCCCUUUCAGCCCACGGCAGAUGAACUUCAUUUCCUGACAAAGCAUUUCAGUACUGAGAGCAUCACUGAUGAGGAAGGGCGUCACUCUCCAGCCCUGCGGCCUCGAUCACGCAGUCUCAGUGCAGGCUGCAUGAUAAUUGCAUAUGGAACUGCUAAGUGUAGUUACUCAGUUAUCUACAAGAGCUGCCCGGGUCGCUCGCCAAUUUCCUUUGACAGUGAAAUAAUAAUGAUGAACCACGUGUACAAAGAAAGGUUUCCGAAGGCCACAGCGCAGAUGGAAGAGCGGCUGGCGGAGUUUAUUGCCUCCAAUGCUCCAGAGAACGUGCUGCAAUUAGCAGAUGGGGUCCUAAGUUUCAUCCACCAUCAAGUUAUCGAACUGGCCAGAGACUGCCUAGAUAAAUCACGUGAAGGUCUCAUUACUUCUCGCUAUUUCUAUGAGCUGCAGGAAAACUUGGAGAAACUUCUCCAGGAUGCCCACGAGCGAUCCGAGAGCUCCGAGGUUGCCUUUGUUACCCAACUGGUAAAGAAGCUGAUGAUCAUCAUAGCGCGACCUGCCCGGCUGUUGGAGUGCCUGGAGUUUGAUCCUGAAGAGUUCUACCACUUGUUAGAAGCAGCAGAAGGCCAUGCCAAGGAAGGACAAGGAAUUAAGUGCGACAUUCCUCGUUACAUUAUCAGCCAGUUGGGACUCACCAGGGAUCCCCUGGAGGAAAUGGCCCAGCUGAAUAGCUAUGACAGCCCAGACACUCCUGAGACAGAUGAUUCAGUCGAGAGCCGUGGAGCCUCUGUCCAGUCGAAGAAAACUCCAUCUGAAGAGGAGUUUGAAACUAUUAAACUGAUCAGUAAUGGUGCUUAUGGAGCGGUGUAUUUGGUGCGCCACAAGACCACCCGUCAACGUUUUGCCAUGAAGAAGAUCAACAAACAGAACCUAAUUUUGAGAAACCAGAUCCAGCAGGCUUUUGUUGAGAGAGAUAUCUUGACGUUUGCUGAGAACCCCUUUGUAGUCAGCAUGUUCUGCUCCUUUGAGACCAAGCGCCAUCUGUGCAUGGUUAUGGAGUACGUGGAAGGGGGUGACUGUGCAACACUUCUCAAGAACAUUGGUGCCCUACCUGUUGAUAUGGCGAGGAUGUAUUUUGCUGAGACUGUUUUAGCGUUGGAGUACCUGCACAAUUAUGGGAUUGUUCACCGUGACCUAAAACCUGACAAUCUCCUGAUAACUUCCAUGGGUCACAUUAAACUUACAGACUUUGGACUGUCUAAAAUUGGGUUAAUGAGUCUUACAACUAACCUUUAUGAGGGACACAUUGAAAAGGAUACCAGGGAAUUUCUGGAUAAGCAGGUCUGUGGGACUCCGGAAUACAUUGCCCCAGAAGUGAUCCUACGGCAGGGCUACGGGAAGCCGGUGGACUGGUGGGCCAUGGGAGUCAUCCUGUAUGAGUUUCUGGUUGGCUGCGUUCCUUUCUUUGGUGACACACCUGAGGAGCUGUUUGGACAAGUGAUCAGUGAUGAAAUUGCCUGGCCAGAAGGUGAUGAUGCACUGCCGCCAGAUGCCCAGGACCUCAUUUCUAAGCUCCUCCGCCAAAAUCCUCUGGAAAGAAUGGGGACAGGUAGUGCCUUUGAAGUGAAACAGCAUCGGUUCUUUAAGGAUUUGGACUGGAAUGGAUUACUUCGGCAGAAAGCUGAAUUCAUCCCCCAGUUGGAGUCCGAGGAUGACACAAGCUAUUUUGACACCCGAUCCGAACGGUACCAGCACCUGGAUUCAGAAGAGGAGGAGGACACUAAUGAUGAUGAUCAUGUGGAAAUUCGGCAGUUUUCCUCGUGCUCACCAAGGUUUAGCAAGGUGUACAGCAGCAUGGAACGCCUUUCCAUCCAUGAAGAGAGGAAGACUCCACCGCCAACUAAACGGAGUCUGAGUGAAGAAAAGGAUGACCGGCUGGACAGCCUGGGUGGCUUGAAGAGUCGGGACCGCAGCUGGGUGAUCGGGUCUCCUGAAAUACUACGUAAGCGCCUGUCGAUGUCCGAAUCCUCGCACACAGAGAGUGACUCCAGCCCACCCCUGACCGUCCGCCGGCGCUGCUCAGGGCUCCUCGACAUGCCGCGCUUCGCCAUCUCUGCUGAGGACGAGGGAGCCGUGCUCAAAAGGCCUCAGUCAGAGGGGAUGCUGCUAUCGGCCGUGCAGUCUCCGGUGCCCAUUCCAGAGCAGCCCGUGGAGCACGAGCUGCAGCUGGAGGGCGAUGCUGGGCCCACCACCCCCUGCAUGGCUGUCAGCAGCACCACGACACUGACAGCUGGGAGCACUGCAGACUUCUCUGAUCCACGCGCUCGCAGUAACAGCAACGAGGGCCCAGACUUCACCACUCCUAAAGCCAUCAGCGACUUGGCAGUGCGGCGCGCGCGGCACAGGUUGCUCUCCGGGGAAUCGGGCGAGAAACGCACCUCGAGACCAGUCAAUAAAGUGAUUAAAUCAGCGUCCGCCACUGCCUUGUCUCUCAUGAUUCCCUCAGAUCACCACACGUGUUCCCCAUUGGCUAGUCCAAUGUCACCUCAUUCUCUAUCCUCAAACCCAUCUUCGAGGGACUCCUCACCCAGCCGCGACUUUUCUCCUGCUAUCGCAAACCUGAAACCACCAAUCAUCAUCCAUCGGGCUGGAAAGAAAUACGGUUUCACUCUGCGUGCCAUUCGCGUCUAUAUGGGUGACAGUGAUAUCUACACUGUGCAUCACAUGGUCUGGCACGUGGAGGAAGGUGGUCCAGCGAACGAAGCAGGGCUGCGUGAAGGGGAUCUGAUAACCCACGUCAACGGGGAGCCGGUCCAUGGGCUGGUGCACACUGAAGUGGUGGAGCUGAUCCUGAAGAGUGGAAAUAAGGUGUCCAUCUCCACUACGCCAUUUGAGAACACAUCCAUCAAAGUUGGGCCAGCUCGAAAGGCCAGCUACAAAUCCAAGAUGGCACGCAGGAACAAGAAGAGCAAAACUAAGGAUGGUCAGGAAAGUAAGAAGAAGAGUUCUUUGCUGAGGAAGAUCACCAAACAGGCAUCACUGCUUCACACCAGCCGUAGUUUAUCUUCACUGAACCGCUCUCUGUCUUCUGGAGAAAGUGUGCCUGGCUCUCCAACUCACAACCUGUCGCCCCGGUCACCCACACAGAGCUAUAGAUCCACUCCUGAGUCUGUACAUUCAGUUGGUGGCAAUUCUUCCCAGAGCAGCUCUCCCAGUUCCAGUGUUCCCAAUUCUCCAGCCAGCUCUGGGCACAUCCGACCAAGUUCACUGCAUGGACUGGCACCAAAGCUUCAAAGGCAGUACAGAUCUCCAAGGCGUAAGUCUGCAGGAAAUAUCCCUCUGUCACCACUAGCUCACACUCCAUCACCAACCCCACAGUCCACAUCACCACAGCGCUCCCCAUCUCCUUUACCAGGACACUCGAUUGGCAGCUCCAGUAUUAUUCAGUCUUUUCCAGUAAAACUACACUCCUCUCCACCACUGGUGAGGCAGAUUUCUCGCCCCAAAAGUGCUGAGCCCCCUCGAUCUCCUUUGCUAAAGAGAGUGCAGUCAGCUGAGAAACUAGCUGCCUCACUGUCCUCUUCUGAGAAGAAGCUGACGUCCUCACGGAAGCACAGCUUGGAUAUCUCUCACUCUGAGUUCAAGAAGGAGAUGCUACAGAGGGAUCCGAGUCUGCAGAGCUUACAGGAGUCUGUGAAUGAAACAACAGGUGGCAAACUUGGGCUAGCGGAAAAAGGGAUGUUGCAGAAGCCGGGUUCCCGAAAGUUGGGUGCAAUCCGACAGGACAGAGUGGAGAGAAGGGAGUCUCUGCAGAAGCAGGAGGCCAUAAGAGAAGUAGAUUCUUCUGAAGACGAAACAGAUGAUGGUUCGGAGGAUAGUCAAGAUGGAAGAAGAUUGGACAAGCCCCCAGAUAGCGGAGACCAAGGCUCAGAUUCUUAUAAUGGGGAUAAUAAGUUUUCCUCGAAAUUGGAAAGCAAGGAUAGUAUGGAAGAUGAUGCCUUUCUACCUGAAGAUCCAAAAGGUACAGAAGAUUUGCAGAAAGGAAACAGUCAACAAACCAAGGCUGUUUCUGAGCUGCUGCAAGUUGGUGUGCACCCUUCCCCAUCAGAGGUCCUCCCACGAACCUCUCCAGAAAACGUAGCUGGUUCAGAAAAGCCAUUCCUAAGGCCAGAAACCACUUCAAAGGAGCAUAAAUUGGUAGAAAACAAAACCUGUGAGCAUUUUGGUCCAAAAGGCAAAUCUUCUGAAGCAGUCAGAGAUUUAGGGGGAACUACCAGUACUCAAAAACCGGUGGACUGCACAGGAAGUAUAAAGUGCCCAUCUGUCAAACUCCCUGAGCUUGUACAGGAUGACUCUGCAGGGGCCACAUGUGGUAAAUUUGACCUGAAGGACCCCUUGUCAGAAAUCAGUCAGAAAACUCAAGAUCCCAAACCUCUUCUAGCACUUUCAUCUUGUUGCACAGCAAGUGUGAGCUCUCCUUGCUCAGUAAGCCCUGCGGAUCAUGGUGAGAAGGACCACAAGGGCACACUUCCAUCUGCAGAACAAGACAGCACCUCAUUUCUGCAUCCUGUGAGUGAAACAUCUGAAAAAAGUCCCAGCUCAUCCCAGGCAGAGAGUUCUCCACCUGCCAGCAAAGCGAGCCAGGGCAUGGCAGCAGGCACUGUGACCUCCACGCUGCUCGUCCCCUGCGCUAUCGAGAGGGCACUCUCUGUGUCUCAGCUGAUGCCAUUGGCACAGAGUGUUUUGGGCCCCUUAAAGCUCAGCAUGGCUGGUUCUGGAGAGAUGGAAAAGAGAAAGGAUUUCCCCCAUUCGGGUGCCUCGUGUAAAGAAGAGAGAGAUGGGAAGCAAAAAAAGCAGGAAGCUUCACAGGCAGGAGUGUGCCAGGAGAAGGCCAAACCAUCCAGUGCCGAUGGUUUGACCACGAGGAGUGCAUCCUGCACAGAGUCACUAAGCUCAGCUAAACCUUGGGAGGCAACAUGUCCCAUGGUGGUCAAAAAAGAGGCAAUUUCCUGCAGCACUAAAGCAUCAGAAGCACUGGGAGGUAGCGGCAAAGUGGCCCCAGCGAAGGAGCUGCCGCAUGCUCUGGGACAGGCAGCUCUGAGAGCCUCUCCUGUGCCAGAUGGCAGCACCAGGCCCUGCAAAGAAGGGACUCUCACGCCGGUGAGAGGCAAAGAGGUUGGAAGUCAGCUAAAAACACAAGACUUUCCCCUGUCACAUGAUGGUGCUGUAAAGAAAACAUAGCAGCAUCCCCGGUACACAUGGACUGGAGCAUUCUGCAUUCAAAAUAAAGACUGCAUGUUUGAAUUUUGUAAUAUACACUAAUAUAAAAUAGAACUUGUGUACAUCUAUUUUUGGGAGGGUUUUUUUCAUACUGUUUUUUGUGUUUUUUCAUCCUUGCUAUUCUAUUUUUGUACACAGUAAUGCUUGCUGUUUGAGGUCUCUUUAGAACAGGGUAUCGUUAAAGCAGGGCUAAAGAAACAGUUUGCUGGUUUUCCCCUCCUGCCCUUUUGUUUUGCUUUGUUGUGCUCUUCCUUCCAAUUCUGCCUUGAAGUCCCCAAAAUUCUGAACACAAAAAAAGGCAGUUUACUUCAAAAAUCUCCUGCUUUUCAGUUUUCCCAUUCAAAUUCCAUUGACAUUCCCAGGUACUGAAUUUUUUCUUCGGAUUUACAAUUUGGUUUUCUUCAACAAGGAGAAGAAAAUAGAAUCUGGUCCAUGAGUUACUCUGGAGCAAGAAAUCCUCUCCAGAGCAAGAUCUCUGUCACUGUGUGCAUACACUCAUCCUUAAAGGAUAUGGAGGAAAGGAAAGGGAUGGAGGAUCUGGACGGAGAGUUAGCUCUGUCUUCUCUUUAAACCAAAUGAAAGUGUUUUAUUAUUCUUUUUUUUUUUUUUCCCAAUGGAAUUAUCAGAGAGAAAUCUGUAAGCUGUUUUGGAAGGGAGAUUGUUUUUAUUUAUCCUUUGUAGGACACGUGGCAACUUCUCCUUGUUUUUAAAAUUUUAAUGAUGUUUCAUCAUUUUUUGUUUUCGGCCUUCAAUUUGUACCUUGCCCUGUCUUGGAAGAGGGACCCCAGGACAGGGCUGCCUCACUGGCUGAUUUUAAAGUAGGGAAAUCUGUAGACCAGUAUGUCUUUGGCAAAGGUAUCACAAUGGUAAAUGACCUUUCAAGACUUUUCCUUCUCUUGAUGAGUCUCCAUAGGUUGGGAUUUGAGGUGUGCCUUGCCAUUUCUGAACUGGGCAUAGGAAAUUUGCAGAGUUUUUCACAUCUGCCCAUUUUAAAAAGAAAGAAACUACAAAGAGUUCUGACUCCUUGAGUUCUGUGGACAAGCUGCAAGCAGACUUCAAGACACAUGUUGUGAUUUCAGCUUCGAUAGCUAGAUCAUUUCCACUUGGUUCCAUUAAACAUCACUCUUGGCCCAUAGGUUUAGGCAUUGCUUUGCUUUAAGCGUGACUGACUCUGGAUAACAGUGCUCUUUGCUGAGGAUUAGAUCCAUAAUUGUACACCAGUAAUGUGGACGUUGACACCUGCAGCACUGUAAGCCAUUUCCUCAUCCAAUUCAAGGUUACUGUCAAUGAACGCUCCCGUCAUUUGUCCCAGAUUGUGCUCAGCUUUUACCCUAGCUGUGUCUGAGUGUAUCUCUGCAGAUCUAGCACCCUGCUCACUGGCUUUCUCUGUUAGAAGCUGAAUGACUGUGCAAUGGUAUUUCAAGCUAAAGCCGGCACCUCGUGGUCUGACGUCAUCAUGCGCUGCCUUCUUCGUUGUCUUGGCCUUUUCUGAGCUUGAAGUUUUGAAUCACUUUCCCUAAAUGUAAAUAUGUUUUUAUAUGGGAAUGUAUUUUCUCCAUCUCUUUCAACUUGAUUUCAGCCCAAUCCACAAAACUCUGAAAUCUCGCCCUGCUUCUUUCUGCAUAACCGUAUUUUUCCCAUCAUAUAUGAGAUUUUGGCUGCUUGGAUUUCAUUUCUGGACCAACUUUUGGUUUGGUUUGAGUUUUGUUUUGUUUUUAAACAUUUUAAAUGAGUGUUUACUCUGUGUGUCUGUGUGAAUAUGUAUGGUGUUGUUAAUACACUAGCCAAAGCCUCAGAGCUCCCACGUAACACGUGAAUAAAUCUUGCUGUGACAGUAUUGAGAGCAGGGCCUGUUCUGUCUGUUGGCUCUUUUUGCUGGAGGUGAUAGGCUGCUUGUGUGCUCUUGGUCACCGAUUACAAAGGAAAGGCAAACUCCUAUUGCAACCAAGGAGCUUUGCGACUUGGGUCGUUCCAAGCACCCAGCCCAGGCCCUGAGCUGGCGUAGCUCAAAUGGCUGAAAAAGCAGCUGAAAAAUCCAUCUGCUGGGCUGUGUCAGCCUGAGCAGGUCUGAAGUGGCCGUGGAAGGCCCUAGCUGUGCUUGCUGCUGUCUUCUAUUCCACAGCUGCAGUGCCUGUUGGCACGGUUACCCUUUCUUAGGCAUCACAAGAGGAGUGGACCACUUUGGUGUCACACUUUUGCUGCUUUAGCCCAACCAGCUGAAGAGGAGGUGAGGGGUGCGUUUAGCCGCCUUGUUUGUGGCUGUGGUAUGGAGUGAUUGAUGCAGUGGAAAAGCCAAAGCCAUCCUGGUGACAGCCGGGUCCCUGCUCCCUGCCCACCUGCAGCUCCCCUCGGUGCAGCAUUGGUCCAGUUUACAUUGAGGCACCUUAGCACAAAAGGCAAAAAGAGACUUCCUCUGAAACUGUGAUGGAACAGUAGGUGGAGACAGCAAGAUUUAUUCCUCGCUAAUUGCUUAAAUACCUUCUCAGACUGCAAAAUGCCCGUGCUGCAGAGGGAAGGAAAGAUGCAGUGCCCUGAGAUGCGCAGCAGCACGGGGUUGGCUGUAGGGAGGUGGCAGAGUGUGAGCGCAGUGUGGUUCCGAGCCCUGCGGACAGCCAGCGAGACCCGAUGUUUCCUGGUUAAUUUUCCCAUUUGUUUGGUGGGUUUGGGUGUUUCCUGCCUUGCUGACUGUGGGAUUGCGGUGCAGGAGCUGCUCCCCGUCGGCACGUCAGUGUUAUUCUUCCCUUUGUCUCUUGCUGUUGCAAACUAAGAGGAAUGGAUGGUAUUUAUUGUAAAUAUUAGACGUUAGCAUUGUCACGGCCACUCCUGAGUCUGAAUGUUGGAGGCCUUUGGCUGCUCGUAUCGCUGCGGGACGGAGUGGGGUGACCGUGGUUUGGCUACCACACUUUUGCAUUAAGGUGUGAUUUGGAGUAUUUUAUUCUUUUGUUCCGUAGAGGGGAAGAUAAAGCCUUUCUCUGGUUUUCUCUUGCUGCCUUGAAGGAUAAUGCUGUACUUCUGGUGGGAGGUAGGACAGCAGUGUGCGUUGUGUUGGUACCAUAUCAGGUGGCUGUGGGAGCACCCCAGGUGGGCCCCGCCGCGCCGCCUCGCUCAGCACUUAGAUAAGAGGAAGUGUGGAAUCUCUGUGUUCUUAGAAACUUGAACAAUUGCCACAUAAUAGCGGUGCAAUAAUUUUUAUUCAUGUUGUACCUGCAUGUCGAUGUUCAAAUCCUCCUCCAAAAUAAA